GACGUCAUGGGGUUGCAGUCGCUAGUAGCUUCCUCCAUGCUGGAGUGGAUGUAACAGGCGUGUGGAUUGAUUAUUUUGCCGGUGUUUUAAUUUCUUUGCUCGAAUAAACUUCGAUCAGAGGAGUUUGACUGCAGACAUGUCGUACUGCAAGCAGGAAGGUAAAGAUCGUGUUAUAUUUGUCACCAAAGAGGACCAUGAAGCUCCUAGUAAUGCUGAGCUUAUUGAAGAUGACCCCAAUGACCCAUAUGAAGAACACGGUCUUAUUUUACCCAAUGGGGAAAUAAACUGGAACUGCCCAUGUCUGGGUGGUAUGGCUAGCGGCCCCUGUGGACAGCAGUUCAAGGAAGCGUUUUCUUGUUUCCACUAUAGCAAGGAGGAGGUGAAGGGGUCCGAUUGUGUCGAAAACUUCCGGGGGAUGCAGGAAUGCAUGCAGAAAUACCCUGAGCUCUACCCGCAGGAGGAUGAAAAUGACAGCGCCCCUUCCGGAGGGGCUGAUAGUACAACACCUACUGAAUCCACUUCCACAGACUCUGUACCAUCACCCUCUACUGAUUCCAAAUCCACAGAAAACCCAGCAGCUAGCUAAUAUCACUCAGUACAUUUCCUCCAAGCCUUUUUUCUUUUGGAUCACAGCAGAGACAGCUCCGCUUUCGAGUAUGCAGAGGUGAUAUCUGACAAAGCCACUGGACCGAUUCUUUUGACCUGGCUGCAUGAUGGGGAGAAAGCCCCUAAACUUAAUCUGAUUAAAAGAUUCAAAUGGCAUGAACAUGCACUUGAAAAACCUAUAGCGAGUUUUCAGGAUCUAUGUGUGGCCAGAAUUGAGUGGCAACAAAAGUGGGAUUAAUCUUAUGAAUUUUGCAGACCAGUGACCUCAUCUAUGUUCCCUGUUUAAAAUGAUCAGCUUUGUGUUUUUUUUUUUUUUGGUGCUUGUUUGUCUUGUGCAGUACUGCAGAUCAAAGUCCAUUUAGAAAGCCUAGAGUUUUAAUGUCCUCAUAAACACAAAUUUUUACUCAAACAAAUGGUCCAAAUACAUUUCCUGACGUUAUUAUUAUUUUGUAUAGAGUGAUGAAACACUUUCAUAAAGCAAAAUUGAACGCAUAAAGCCCAAAGUUUCAGUACCACUUUCAAACAGUAGGGGGCGGAAGUAAAUCAGCAGUCUUACCUGUAAUAGACAUCAACUAAGGACAGAAUGGUUAUAUUGGUUAACAACUUCACAUUACUACAUUGUUCAACAGAGUAAAUGUUGUAUUUAGUAGAAUAAUGCAAAUAUUCAUAUCCUUAAGACUGGCAUGGUGUGCUUAUAAUAAAAUGUCUAACAAUUACUAGAAGUCGGCACUGUUUGUUCUAGGUUUCCUCCAAUGCAUGCUAACUUUGACCAGGAAUUUAGAAUUGAAGUGUUUAUUUGGUCCGGUGAGCACAUUAACUGUGAUAUGUGAAUCCCCACAUGCUUAUUUGUACCUUUUAAUCAGGUUAAAUGACUUAAAGGUUAAAUGACUUACAAAUCUAGAUGUAUACCAUAAACCUGUGUUAAGAUGUCUGCCUAUGUGCACUUAUUUGUACUCGUACUGCCAUUUCAAAGCCUAAGCAUUUAUGUUGUGUUCAAACAAAACACCUUAUCAUUUAGCUGUGAUUUUUCUGUUCUUGUGAAAUGUGUUUUAAUUAAAAAUCUUUGUAAUCUAUAAA